UAAGAAGUCAGCGAGUGUCCCAAGCAUCACGAUCUUGCGACUUGCGAUUCCACUCUUACCACAGAUCGCAGACAUGUACGACGCCAUCGUCAUCGGAUCUGGUUUCGCGGGUCUCGUCGCCGCCAGGACGAUCGCUCGAGCCAACAAAAAGGUCGUCUUGCUCGAGGCUCAAUCCCGGCUCGGAGGACGUUGUUAUACGAGCAAAGACUUGUUUCCAGCUCCGGUGGAUCUUGGAUGUUCUUGGAUUCAUGGUUACGCAGAGGGAACUCCGGUCAGGGAUCUGGUCGAGGAGCUCGGCAUCAAAGCCACCGUACCGCAAAAGGCACGCUCCGUGGUGAUCUCGCAAGGCAAGGUCUUGAAUCCCGAGAUCGUCUCUAAACUACAAAGCAACCAAUCCAAAGCGCUGGAAAAAGCUUCAAAGUCCUCUGGCACGGGCUCGCUUGGCGCCUUCCUCUUCUCCGAGCACGACGCUGCAGGUCUCUUCACCUCGCUCUCGGACGAAGAGAAACGUCAAGUAGAGGGACUCACGAGAACGCUCGAGAUCGGCAUGGGCGCUUCGUUGGAACGCUUCUCCUUGAGGUGGAACGGAUACGAGGACAGCUUCAAGGGGACCGACGCUGGGCCCGAAGGCGGCUAUUCGAGGGUUAUCGACGCCCUCGCCAAGAGCUUUACCGCCCUCGGAGGCGAGAUCAGGACUGGCACGCCCGUGCUCGGCGUGAACCCGGGGGCUUCUGGUGAAGGCGUCGACAUUCACACCUCGACUGGCAACGCUGAAAGUGACGAUCUGUCGGCCCGUCUGGUCAUCUGCACCAUCCCACUCGCCGUGUUGCAAAAGUCCCACAAGGACCUGUUCCAAGCUCCCCUAUCGUCGAAAAAGGUCGAGGCGAUCGAAAAGACCCACGUUGGUCAACUCGGCAAGAUCGUGCUCUCUUACGAUCAGGCGUGGUGGCCGACAGAUGUAGGCGCGUUCACCAUCUUGCCUACUGCCUCUCCGGUAUCCAAGGAAGAAGCGCCUCUCAAAGAUGCCCGUGCUCUUCUCAACUCGGUAUCGCUCGUGACGGCGUCGUUCGCCGUCGAAUCGUCCCUCACGCCUCACCCGACCUUGCUCACCUAUCUACCGGCUCCUGUUGCGGUACAGCUCGAGGCGAUGACGACCGCGCAAGUGACCGAGGCGAUCCAUUCGCUGUUUCUGGAUAACCUCCCACGAGCCGCUGGUGUGAAAGCCAAGCGACCGAUCGUCUCGGAACUGACCUCUUGGUCGAAGGACCCCUAUGCCCUAGGCGCCACCUCCACGCCCGUCAUAGCCGCAGACGAAGUCACGCCCCUGAACUUUGUGGAAUUAGGAAAGCCCGAAUGGCAAGGCAGACUGCUCUUUGCCGGCGAGCAUACCAGUUUGAACAAUAGGGGCAGUGUCACAGGAGCCGUAGAAACUGGUGAAAAGGAGGGAAAGCGAGCUGUGAGGCUGCUCAACGCCCAAACUUGAUGACGUGAAUAUCGCGAGAGUUGUAUGAUUCCCAUACUUUUACAUGUAGAGAC